CCGAUGACGAUUAUAUUUUGUAUUAUUGUCCAAUUUCCAUGCACAACAAAUUUUACUGUACUCGAUAAGUUAUUAUAAUUUAUAAUUUAUAUUGUUAUGUAUACACAAUAUACAUAUUUAUCACAAUAAUAAAUGAUAUUAAUAAUAUUUUAGUGUUGACAUGUUGUUUUAUUUUAUUCCGCUGUUCACUGCCACUCCAUAAUAAUAAUAAUACUAUUGUAUAAUAGACGAACAUCAAAUCAUUUUGUUCAACAAACGUCGCAUACGUUGCCGUCGCGAGUGAUUUUUCCUACUUGCCAGCGUGUUUCUGGUCCAAGUUUAUAGUUUUUCAUUGAAAUUUCAAUGUAUCCGUCUAAUGGUGUUUGCUGUGGUUAUUUUAUUUGUCUGUCUGGCAUAUGGGGACUCAGCCAGGUUUCAGGAUACUGAUAUUCACUCUGGAGACUUAUCAAAAACGGUCAAGGACUAUUUUCUUUGCCGGCACUGCGGUACAGAUAUUUCACCAUUAUCAUCACUUAUAUCAAUUGACAGUCCUGCUGCUUCAAAAAGCCGUAUUUCUCCAUUAUUUGGUUUAAAAGAUGUCAAAGUCCAAACUGUAAAGAACUCAUUGCACUCACAAUUUGAAAUUCUUACACUAUCUAAGACUUUGUGUGUUGGAAAAGGCAAUUGGCAGACUGAAGACUCAUGGUUUCCUGGUUACGUUUGGAAAGUUUGUGUAUGUGCUAAAUGUGGACGUCAUAUUGGAUGGAUGUUUGAACCUUUACAUUUGGCUACUAGUGAUAAAAUAUACCCAUCAAAAGAAGGGUUUUAUGUUGUCAUCAUCUCAAGUAUUAUUAACGAACUACAUGCUGACUCGUUAAUUGUGGUGCCAAAACAUUUUUCUACAAUAGAAGAUAUCUCAGAUUAAAAAUGGCAUCUCCAGGCAAACAAAAUUCAACUGACAGCAAACAUGAAAUAGUUAUUAAAGACAACAUCACUACAUUUAAAAUCCUUGAAACGUGUGUUGAUGAACCACCAACAGAGAAUCAGAAAGAAAAGUUAUUGCAAUUUGAAGAGGAGUUUAAAAGUCGAUACACAGAUGACGAUGAAGAUUAUGUUGCUGCAGUAAAACUUGGAUUUACAACUCCUCCAAUAGUUCCUUCAUAUAGACCAUUCUGGAAUCGUAGAAGAGAUUAUAAAAGAAAAUGGGAAGACAGGAGUAAUAGACAUUCGCAUUAUUCUCAUCAUAAAAAACCAAAUCAUGGUUAUAAUAAUGAUUAUAGAAGAUAAGAUAAAUUAUUUACAGUAUGCAUGUGUGAAUUGUAUUAUCCAGUGGUUCUGACUUGUAUAAUAAUUUAUACCUUAAAAUGAUUUUAUUACAAAAUCUAUGAUAAUAAUUAUUUUCUUUCAAAAAUAAACAUUUUGGAAUUUAAUAAAUAUAAAUAAACUUUUUUAAAUUUA